AUGACAAUCGCAGCAAUUGCCAGGAGAAGGAAAAUGCUAUCCGAUGAUGUUAUCAUUCCUUUAGCUGAUAGCUCCUGGGAGAUUCUGGACAUUUCUGGUUCAGAAGUUACUGAUUCUGGUUUAAUUGAACUGGCCAAAACUUGUAAAUCUCUUCGAUCUGUGGAUAUAAGAAAUGCCUAUCGUGCGACACUGCUUUUGUGCAGUCAAUGCAAGAAAAUAACUCCUUCUGGUGUUUCUGUACUUGUGGAGCAUUGCAGAGGUUGUCUGAGGAGUGACUACACAGCACGCUGCUGCUUGACUUUGUUGAAACCAAAGCUGAAUGAUAUGGUCGGAGACUCAUGGGAGGAACUUGAUACUGCUGAAAUCAGUCGUAGUGCAGAAUCAUUGCGUUGGCUUGUGUGGCCAAAGAUCGAUAAAGAUUCAUUAGAGAUCUUGGCAACUGAGUGCCCACGCAUUUCAGUAAAUCCGAAGCUGUCACCCUUUGGCUUUAAUGGAAAUGAUAUCCCUGUAGAAGCAUUUCCAGAUACUGCUCUGGAUGAUCCAUUUGUUCAGGAGAUCCAUCCCAACACAUGGACAACACGUGGGUUUGCAUUGAAUCCUGUAUGUCCAUUUCUUUCGAGCACCACUGAGUUGACCCUGGCUGAAAAAUUUAGACUUGCCUUUGUGGAAAGAGACACGCGAUUAGCUCCAAAGCGAGCUAAGAAUGCAAGGCAACAUCAGCGUCGCGCAGACAGGGAGUGGAUGAUGAUGAGUGCCAGAGCAAAGGCUAUAGUUCUGGCUUCUCAAGUAAGCAAAUCCCUGCACAGUAGGAACUAA